AUGACUCGUGGAAAUUGGAAAACUCAAUAUGGUAAAGCACCUUAUGCUCUUUCAAGUGGUUCUUUCAUAGCUCUUCAAGCACCAUCUGAUUUAAAUACAAAAGAAUAUUAUUUAGCACUUUCAACAUUACUUCAAAAUGUUGCUUAUCAAGGGUUAUCGGUUCAACCAACUAAUGUUCACAACUUAAUCCAUAAAAUGAAUGUAACCCAUUAUAUUUCUGCACCUUCAGAUUGGAGUUGUCUCGAAAAUGUUAUUAGGAUUAAAUCAUUAAUCCCUAAAAUGGACCAUUCUGAACUUCUCAAUAGUGAAAUUUUAAAAAGUGAAUUAUACUCCUUCAAAGUCAGACAAUCACCAGAUGAAUUUAUUGCAGAUAUUUUAUUAGUUAGAAAAUCUUUUGAUCAUACUCACAACAUCUUUGAUGUAUACAAAACACAUUGUACUGGUACUGUUUUGGUUGAUGGGUUUGUUGGUUUAACUGUUAAUGGUAAACCAAUUACAACUCCUCAAACAUUUGAUUGUAAAAAAAAUCUUACUCUUUCGUGGAAUGACUCUAAUCAAGACUCAGUAAGUUCUAUUAACUCUCGUUAUUACUAUGUUUCUAAACCUUCACCAGACUCAAUUAGUGAUGGUACUCUACGUUAUGAAUUGGUAAAUAAAGAAAAAACUUCACUAACCGCUUCAUUAGUUAUUUCAAUUCCAAAUUUCCUCAAUCCAAAGAAGUUAAAAUGUUUUAUUAAUCAUAAGACUGUGCCUUGUCACUCUGUUCUUCCUCACAAAGCUACUCAAAAAUCUAGUGCUGUAAGUAUUCCAAUUAAAAUUCAAAUACCAUCACUUUCAACAUUGAAUAUUGAGGUAGAUGUGUCUUAUGUCUUCCAACAUAGAUCAUUACAUUCUCAAGAACCUCAACGUGGAUGGGAUGUUCCAUCUGUUGAAUGUAUAUUAUCAACACAAGAAAUUAUCAUAAGUAACAACUUGUUAGUAGGACUUCCAGCUCCUGAUUUCUCUAUGCCAUAUAAUGUGUUAGCGUUAUCAUUAGCAAUUUUUGCUCUAGGAAUUGGCAAUUCAAUAGAUAUUGUCAUUCAAAAAAGAAAUUAUUUAUUAGAAAAUCAAGUAAAAUCCAACCUUCCAACCAUUCUGUUAGUUUUAAGGUCCAUCUAUUAUACUCUUAAAAACAAAAAGAAAGAGUCUCAUCAAGAGGAACAAGAAAUAAAUGAAAAUUCCCAACCAAAAGAUACAAAUGAAAAACAAAUCAAAACCGAUUAA